CAUCAUGGCCUGCGCAAAAUCUGCGCAUCUCAGACUCUGCUGAACAGACAGGACGGUGGCGACUCACUCUGCAACGAUGUUUUUUUCGUUGCUAGACUACUGGUACAGCAGUGCGGAUUGAUCAACAAAAAACAAUGCGAAUCGGUCUUUUAGGGCGCAAUGUAACUAUUACAGGAGUCAUGAUUUGCUCUGUUCGUGCGACAUGUUGAGGUCGGUUAGCCGCUAUCUUUUUGUAGCUUUUGCGUCUUUUUUAGACCAGGCAUUUGAUGCGGUUCUGAUCUUACAGUAAAAGGUGGGAUUUGUUAUUUUUGUGCUUUGGGUCCACGGAAUAUAUUUUGAAUGCAACUAUAGUAAUGGAGAAAGUGUCAACGUAGCUGGAACUCUCAAAAUGAAGCUUUGGAAAACGACAAGAACCCAUAUCGUCAGUAAUCACGUUGUUCUAAAUAGACACUAGCUAGCUACUGUAGCUUGUAAACCGCAACAAUGUCUCUGGUGGCCGGUGAUGUCCCAACUGACGAAGACUUUGAAGAUCUGGUCGAAGAUGGACUUUCUCUCGCUACCUAUGUGUCAGACUCAGGAAAGAGAUCCAGGAAAAAGAAGCCUUCUGCCAAACCUUCUCCCAGGUCUCCGUACCUCUCCAGUAUGAACGUGAACCCCAGGAGAGCAGCAGUCACAGCCUGGAGGACACUAGGGGACACGGACGAGACCCUGGGGGCGAGAAGGGACACCGCCAUGGAGCGGGUGGAGACAGCUCGGACCACCAGAGAGAACUGGCUGGCAUCGCUAAGCAACGGGCACAGUCUUUCCCAGUCUUUAAGAGGGGACCCUGACGUGACACACACCUCCACCCUUUUCUCCUCUUCUCCCUGCACUCCAGAGUAUCUCAAACAAGCUCUGGCCUUGAAGAAACCCAAGCAACUGCGUUCCACAUCCAUUGAUUCCAGAGAGAAGGAGGACAUGUACGAUGAAAUCAUCCACCUCAAGAAGAGUCUUCAGGCCCAGAAGUCUGAGAAUGACAAGAUGAAAGCCAAGCUACGGCGUCUGGAGGAGGACAAAUCUAAGAAAGACAAACAGAUCGAACAGCUACUGGAUCCUACCAAGGCGCCAGAAUACACACUGAGUCUGGUGGACAAGAAAAACCAGGGGAGUGUGAUUAUAAAUGGACUGAAACAAAGAAUUCUCAAGCUGGAACAACAGUGUGCUGAGAAGGAGAACACACUGAGUAAACUGCAGAGUGAGUUGAAGACUACUAAUCUGGAGGAGUUAAAGAUCACAGUGGAGACCUACUUUGAGGAGAUCCAGAGACUCAGGGCAAUAUUGGACACAGCAGAGAAAACUAAUAGAGCAGAAAUAAAAGGUUCUCAGAGGCAACAGAAGGUUCUGAGCUCUACGGUUCUACGACUCUCUGAGAACCUGAAACAGCUGAAGCAGGAGAACUGCAUGUUAAAAGAGGAGCUCAACACAGAAAGCCCAGCCAGCGGACCGAAAGGCUACAAAGACUGGAGUAAACAGAGACUGCUGAGGAGACUGGUGGAACUGGACAGGAGGUUAGAGGAGGUGAUGAGAGCCCCAGUCAGGAGGCCUGGAGUGGACAGAGGGGUUCAGGCCACACCCACAGACGUUGCUACGCCACCAAGAGUGUCCACUGCAGACGGGGAGGUCGUCGCGGUAACGGCCCAACCACAAGGGGAGGAGGUUGUUGGUGUGAAGGGGCGUGUCAGUCAGUUGGAGCAGGAGAAGGAGGAGCUACAGGGAAUGCUGACCAAUAGAGUUGAGGAGGUGAAACGACUGAUGGCUGAAAGAGAGAUGGCAGAGGAGGAGGUGAAGAGGUGGAAGAAUGAACAGGAGAGGAGAUCACAACAGCAGAGACUGGAGAUAGAGGCGCUGACUGAGAAGAUCCAGAGUCUGGAAGUAGAAGAUGGGAGGAGGGAGCGGGAACUGGAGGAGGUACAGGAGGGAAAGGAUGAGAGUGAGACGGCAGCCCUGUCGAUUCAGAAGGAGUCCCUGGAGCUCAGAGAACAGGACAUUGUGUUGGUCCAGUCAUCAAUAAGAGGUCAUCUCCAAAGGCAGAAAGAGCUGGCUCACCUCAGAGACACACACAGCCAGGGCGGCCAAUCGGAGAGCGGCGGUGAUGUCAAGUCGUGUGCGGAGGCUGAUGGUGGGCUGGUUGCCGUGACGUUGAUACAGUCGGUUUUCCGAGGUCACCUGACGCGUAGCGCACUGAUGCCGGAGAGGUCUGUUUGUUCGACGCCUCCUCCAUCUGUUCCCAUUCCUUCCUCUAGAAGAGCUUCCUUAACUCACACACACAUUACUCCAGCCUCUCUGUGCAGUGAUGAAGAUGUGGAGGAAGAUGUGACCAUGCUAAGUGAGGAAGAUACGUGGUCUGUGUCCAACACCCCCACCAACAGAAGGAGACUCACACCAGCCCAGGUAGAGCUCCACCCACCCCCAGACUCCGAAGCUGCCGAAGUGGUGGACUCUGAGGAUUCCGACGAUGACAUCAUCGUGUCUCCGUCUCGCCCAAUGAGGAGGAGAGAAGAAAUCUACUUCUAAACCAGCGUAACGUCCUGUGGGAUGUGUGCAUUUGUUUCCACCCUGUGAACUACACUGGCCUGGUAAAUCACAGGGGUGCAGACCUGUACUGAACUCCAGGUCCAGCUGAUUAGCAGAACUGUGGUUGUUAGCAGUGCAGGGCUGGAACAAAGUCCUGGACAUGAGGCAGUAGCUUUCAGGGGGCCGUUAUUGUAAGCUCUCAGCUCUUGGGGUAAAAGGGGUUACUGAUGUGAGUCUGGUGCCGUGAAUGGAUGGGGGCUCAGCCCGACUGUCCCGGCCGUUCCCCUCUGACUCUCUACAUACCAUCCCUGCACCUCCCCUUCACUGUCCUGACAUGAAAAUAAAGAAAUGCCACAAAAAAAGGGUUCUAAAACGGGUGCUCGACUGUUCUCGUGGGAGAAAUCAUUUUGGUUAUGGGUUCCAAAACGGGUGCUCGACUGUUCUCGUGGGAGAAAUAAUUUAGGUUAUGGGUUCCAAAACGGGUGCUCGACUGUUCUCGUGGGAGAAAUAAUUUAGGUUAUGGGUUCCAAAACGGGUGCUCGACUGUUCUCGUGGGAGAAAUCAUUUUGGUUAUGGGUUCCAAAACGGGUGCUCGACUGUUCUCGUGGGAGAAAUCCUUUUGGUUAUGGGUUGAGAGGCCUUUGACUUCUACCUGAACACCACGUGCCUUAAAGGGAACUCUUAUAGGACGGACGAAGAACCCUCCUCGGUUCUCGACAGCAGUAGAGUGGUAACGCGGUCGUUACUACACCCUGGAUGUGCAGCAUCUCUGCCGGAGGAGGGCUUGUCAGUGUAGUGCCGUAAUAAAACCCUGCACAACCCAGGAGAUGAAGGGCCGGCCGGCCUUAAUAACAUCUGGUCUGAUUCAGAUACGUUUUCGUUUUCUGUGUUGCCUCGGGGUGCUGCGGACCUUUGAUCAGCGGUCACGCACGACGAACCGUAAGACACCAAGUUGUACCGUAAAUCAGAAGUACGUCCAUCGCAGCCAAUUACAGCGGGCCCUGUGAGGAGUGAGGGGGCGGCCAGCUGAAGCUGCUCCCGUCUGUAAGAUCUACUGUUAGUCCGGCUGCCCCUGGCAGUACUGUCUGUUUAUUUAAUCCUGUGCUGCACCUCAGAAACUGUGAAGUCAUAAUAACAUUAUGUAAUAAUCUACUUCAAUAAGAUGCAAGAUAGGGACAACACUGGGGUGUGUUUGUAUAUGUGGCUGUAUUUGUGUUUGUGUAUCGACACUGGGGUCAAUUCCGUUUCAGAUCCAGUACAUUCAGGGAGUUCUGAAAUUCAGAAACAUGGUAACUUAUUGAAUUGACCAGGGCCCCUGAACGGCGCAGUGGUAAGGUCCCCUCCUGACUGUUGGCCGAGUUGUCAUGUGACCAGGUUUUAAAUCCUGCUGGAGGAUUGGCCCUGGGGUCCUAGGUAGGGUGAUGCCAUUGGUCAGAACCGUCAGGUUUUGGGGGGUUAGCGAUCAAAAAUGGUUGCCUUGCCUUGUCACUCUCUAGGGACCCCUUGUGGCGGUUCAGGUACCUCUGAGCUCCAUCAAGGUCAGACUCUGUCAUUUCUGGCACAAGAUUUCCUGGUCGAGCAACCAGAACAGCACAUCUUAUCAUCGACUGUCCCGAGUUGGCCUGGAGUUGCCAUAAAGCAAGGCCUUAAUCACAAAGUAGAUAUAAUGAGGUUGGGGACAGGGGUAUAAGUAAAAACAACAACAAACGACUGGAAUUGAUAUUAAAUUGCCUGGUGAUAUGUGGCUGUCUUUAUUCAAGUUGUUUUAAUUGUGCCUUAUUUUUUUUUUAUGAUGACUAUAAUCCAUUAAAAUUAUGUUUUCAGCCGAUACAAUUAUUGUCUC